GCAGCCAAGGCGCGCGGUGCUACGCCGUGGCUCUGUUGUGUGCUCUCUCACUUUCGACUUGCUUGCGGGCUAAAAUAUUUCUCACCGCUGCGUCCCUUCCCCAGUCCCUUUGGACAUGGAAGCAGAAAACGGCAUGGCUGGAAGAGAAGGCAUGAGUGAGAAUGGGCAGGAUGAUCCUUCAGGACCGAAGGUGAAUGGAGUGGACUAUCACAUCAUCUCCGCCCACGAUGGUCUCCCGCUAAGCAUGCUGGGACAGGUGAGCAAGGAACUCUGGGUUAAGGCCGAAGCUAGUCUGGCUCAGGCACCUGCACAAAUGUCUCAGGUUACCAGCCAGCCCUCCAUCACCAUGGCAGCUCUUCCACAGGCACAGCUGCUGUUUGCAGGCGGCCAGAUCGCUGGGUUGACGCUGGCUGGUGUACAGCAGCACCUGCUGAUACAGCAGGCGCAGGCUCAGCUCAUCACUUCAGCCACUCAGCAACAGCAACAACAGCAACAGCAGCAGCAGCAACAGGCUACAACAGCUGGGCAGACAACUGCCCACUUCACCAUAAAUCAGUCCACAGGACAGAUUUCACUAAGUCAACUGCAGGGACAGAUAUCCCUGGCUCAGCCUAUACAAAUUGCAACGCAGGACCUCCAGACUGGGCUGCCUCUUCACCAGCUCUUCCUCCUGCAGCCCGCCACUGGGCUAGCCACCGGGCUGCAGCAGGCUCAAGUCAUCCUGCCUCAAGCGGGCCACACCAGGCCAGGUGAGGGGAGGACCGGGGGCGGGAAGGUGGCUCAGGUCAUGCACCGCCGUGGCUCACGCUCCCUCGAUGUCCCCGCAGGACUCGCGCAAGCACAGAACGUCCUGCAGCAGUUGCCUCAAGUGACGCAGCGCAGCGUCGCAGCUCCGUUUACCCUGCCCAGUAGAGCGACGGUGCCCGAGGGCGACGUGGCCGCGGGCAUGGGCGUCGGCACGGGUGGGUUUGGCGGCGCUGCCAGCCCAGGCAUCCAGCCCGAGGACCCCAGAGACCUGGAGGAGCUGGAGGUGUUUGCAAAAAUGUUCAAGCAGCGGCGCAUCAAGCUGGGCUUCACACAGGGAGAUGUAGGCCUGGCGAUGGGGAAGCUGUAUGGCAAUGACUUCAGUCAGACGACCAUCUCCCGUUUCGAGGCACUCAACCUUAGCUUCAAGAACAUGUGCAAGCUCAAGCCCCUGCUGGAGAAGUGGCUCAAUGACACAGAGCACAUUCCGGCUGACACCUCACCCGGAAAUCAAAACGCGUCCCCCUCGGGUUUGGAGGGCUUGGGUCGGCGGCGAAAGAAGCGUACGAGCAUUGACACGCACGUGCGCGUGGCUCUGGAGAAGAGCUUCCUGGAGCAGAACUGCAAACCGACAUCGGAGGAGUUGAGCAUGAUAGCGGAGCAGCUGCACAUGGAGAAGGAGGUGGUGCGGGUGUGGUUCUGUAACCGCCGACAGAAGGAGAAACGCAUUAACCCACCUGCCAACACCCUGGUAGAAAGCACCAACUCUAACGCGGUCGUGAGCUUCAACACCGCAAUGAUGCCGCACUCAGGCACGUCGCUGGGCAGCAGCACAGUGGUCACCACGGCGGCACUGCCCUCCACACCCAUCCCUGCCACCGGCUGCGAGAUGCUGAUGUCUCCACGGCAGCACUCGCUCUCCAGCGGGCAGAUGGCGCAGCUGGCGGGGGGCACUGUCGUCAGCUUCACGCCGGCGCCACUGGCAUCGUCCUCGGCCCCCACCUUUGCCACCAUUCAGACGCUGCAGAGUGGGGGGACCCUGAUUGACGGGAGCCUCCUGAUCGGCAGCUCUGCGGGUGCCGCGGGCUCCACCCCGCUGUUCAUCAGCGCGGCGGGGAUCCCACUCGUCAGCACCGUGGUCACCACGCCCGCCGGCACCAGCGCGACCUCCGACGCCACGGCGCGCGUGCAGUAGCCGCCGUGGUGACGCGCGUGGCCUCUGCCUCGCCCUCAACGGCCGCCGCCAGGCCUUGCCAGCGCCACGCUGGCUGCCGACCGGGCCGUGGCGAUGGAUGUUGAGGAUGCGACGUCUGUGUAAUGAGAACAAUGUCACAAAAACAACAUUGGUGGGAGACUCGAGGAGAAACGGCGGUCGUCGUUGCUAACAGUGGAAACUUGUGUUUGUUUCCCUUACUUCAUCACCACGGCAUUUGCUUAGUCUGCCCCAUCAUUUCCACAGCCUCUGCAAAAACCGACUGCCUAACUACUGCCACCACAGGAGCCGGGCGAGGGGCAGAGGGACUUCAGCUGCUGCUGCACCAAUCUCGGGACCCUGAGACUGUAAACACGGCAGCCGUUGGCCAGUUAUUACCAGGUGGUGGAUCAGGCUGUCGUUACAAACGCACCGCCAGAGUGCGAGCGGCAAGCACGCCAGCCAGCCAACGUUCCUCAACAGUGUCGCACACCCACAUGGCAGUCACACCCUCCGCCCAUGGGAACCGCAGGGCAGUGCUGACCCCAGCAUAACCAUGCUUCUCGUGUUAACGCCGCCGCUACUUACAUGCGCUUUCAGAAAUAUUUGUGGCAUUGCCAUGGUACGCUAUUAAGGUUUUGGGCAGAGCAUCGUGAAGUGGAGAGGCCAUUUUUCUCCACCCUGACAAGAUGAGCCGUUGCUCUGGGCCUGAGUGUGGAUUCUCUUCAACCCACCGGUGCCCUCAAGUUGUUAAUCUGCCAGUGUGUACUUCUACUGAAGUGAUAAAGAGAUCAACUGUAUCAGAGUGUAUUCGGAUGAAGCCCUAUGGUACAACAUUUUAUAGCCUACCUUGAACACUCGUGUGAUGCAUCUGAACGCAUACCCUUGGAGGUCACGGAGCUUUUUGGCAAGUAUCCGUAUGAAAACUUUGCAGAUUAUCCAAAGAUUAUCUCUGUGUGCUCUGUGUGUGUGUGAUACAUGUGCGGUCAGGAGACUUGUGCAUCCAGCUGAGAUUGAAUUGAGUAAUUUCUGUUUUCUUUCUCCACCCGUCGUGAUGCGUCUGGUUGUUGCAGACGUGGUCACGAGCGAGACGCAAGCAACUAUUGAAGUGCACAACUAGUUUUUGCCGAUGCUGUCCGUUUUGCACACAGCUCUUGUUUUUAAAUGCUUGUUCCACAGUGAGGGAGACAUGGUUUUCAUUUGCACAAGGAGGAUGAGAAGCUGAAGUUGGAUUUGACAUUGUAAAUGGUACAUGCUGCAUUAUGAGGCUGUUUUCCAUUGCCAAAUAUGUGUAGUCACGCCCCUUUGUACGUAUUGUAUGUUGAACUUUUGAACACGUAGGCUUUCGUGACCAAUAUCAUCCAUAAUAGAGGUUUUUGGGUUAGAUCGCGUAAAUAUAUAAAUGUGUCAUUAAAACCCGGCACCACCCGACACAGCCAACUAGUAAGGGUUGUCAUGUAAACGGAACGUGCCAAUUCGUCACUAGUACAGCACACCGGUGUGUCGGAGAGUCAAGCCACAACAUAUACAAUCCGAGUACGACGUUUCGCCAGUAAUUACAACUAGCUUCAUCGGGCAACAGCCAGAAUUGGCAUGUUCUGUUUACGUGACAACCCUUACUAGUUGGCUGUGUCGGGUGGUGGCGGGUUUUAAUGACACAUUUACACGAUCUAACACCUCUUAUGGAUGUUGAACUUCUUUCGCACCCUACGUAGCUAAUUGUGCUAAUCAGAGGUGCGAGGGAAGGACAACAAACUAAGUUCAGAGAGCAGCCUGCUUUUAAACCUUCAGGUUUAACUUUCUGCCUUUAGGUCACAAGAUUGCAAAUGUGUGCACCAUCACUGCCUUCUGUCUCCUGCCGCCCGAGCAAUAGAGUCCGCCCGCUGGAUGGCUCGAUGUGCUUUCUCACCCGGUAUUCGUCGAGCUGCCACUUGGAACAGGCAGGGGCAGUUGGGAGAGGUGCGUGGGGAAUCGCCAGCACCGUUUAAUGUAAUCGAGUAAGCCUGGUCCUCAAUCGGUUGGGCAUUGUAGGCGCGUGGUCAGUGUGAAGGGUGUGUUUAAUUUGCCAAGGGAAAUGCAGCCAGACAGUUCCAGCCACAUUGAGUUGAAGACUGUUAUUAAUCACUCUCUUCUCGUGUCCAACAAAUCCAUUGUCAUCUUUGUGAUGUUACUUCAUACUUCUAAGAGUAAAUUAGUGGUGCGUGCUCAUGUGAUUUUGUGAAUAAUAAUAAGACAUUGUUAGGUAAAUUAAGAUUAGUGCAGGCUAAAAUAGUCCCAUUAUCUUUUGUGGAUACACUGCUGCUUUCUCAUCACAGUUCUCAUUGCUCCGAUGUCUGAUUUGUUUUCUUUUUUCACAUUUGCACAUGAGUCUAACAUUCGGGCAUGUUGGUCUGGUUACAUUAAGCAAUGUGCUUGUGGGUCAAUGUAUUCCUGCUCAUCACUUGAGCCCGGUUGUUGAGAGUGCUUGGGGUGAGACAAAGUGCAAAUCGAAGAGAGCUGUCCGUCACCCCCCCCCCCACUGCAUGCCGUUUGUAAACAGGAAAUCUUCCAUGUGCGCAGCUUUAAACAACAAUCUAAAUGCACGUUUGGUGAGCUUUAACUGCUUUCAGCUGGCACGGGGAUACGGUGCUCUGUGUUCAUGCAAAAAAAAUAGAAUCUAUGAACUUGAUAGCCAGGGUCAAUUCAUCGAGUUGAACAUAUUUUAACGUGAGAUGUGACUGCAUGCCAAGAAUAAUGUUUUGAUGAGGGUUCGGUAAGGUUCUGAAUUGAGUAAGUUAUCGAUUUAAAGCUUUCGUGACUGCAGGGAUUAAUCUUCUUGGUUCUUUCGGUAAAGUCACGUAGAAGGGAAGUAAUAAAAUAAUAAAAAUAAAACAUAAAAUAAUUCUCACGACGUUUCGGCUACAUAUUCCCAUGAAUAUGCUAAAUUCCUCUUGAUAUGCACAUUCUUUUUGUUAAGGCGCUCUUCUUCCACCUCCAACCCAGCUUAUAUAUAAGCUCCUAGCUUGGCAGUCUCAUUCUUCACCUGAAGACGGCUGCUUGCGUUGUAGCCGAAACGUCGUGAGAAUUAUUUUAUUUUGUUUUAUUUUUAUUAUUUUAUUACUUCCCUUCUACGUGACUUUACCGAAAGAACCAAGAAGAUGAGUAAGUUAUGUCGCUCGGGGCAAGUUCUCCGCGUCAAAUGAGGCAGCAUUACAGGAGGUGUUCAUUGUAAGAAUGAGAAUGUUUAUCCUGGAGGAAUCCGAUGAGCCAUGAAGCUCUUUGUCACAUGUGUUGUUGAUGCUACUCGCGCAGAUUUCUGGUUCGUCGUCUUGCGACUUCGACAAAAUAUGAAAGAAGCUGAACACACGUCCUUACCUUGGCACUCGUCUGCCGCCUGCCGGCUUUCAUGUGGAAGUGCUGAAUUUUGGCGACGAAGCUUCCUCUGCUCAGGAUCAUUUCUGCAUCGCACGGGGGGGGAUUAACAGACGAUUAGAAAUUGGCUGCGCUUCUCGCAGCUGAAUAAGUUGGGUAAAAGUAGAGAACUGGAUCGAAAUAACGACGGUCGGUUUGUGUUUCAACAUCGAUUCACGUGGCACAUGCAGCAGCGUCGAGUGGUAACUUCCAUUGGAGAUUGAGUUUUGACUCCCUUCGUUGAGGGCAUUCAUUUAUCUCUUGAAGCCACACCAGGAGCCCCUUUUGGUGUGCAGCUGGUCAUGUAUAUGAGAUCGAAACCUAGAGGUCGAGGACGUAAUGUGUACUUGUGCCUGCAUGUGUUGGGGCUCUAUUGAAUUGUGGGGAGUGGUAGUGGAGCGGUUGGCGAGCUGCACUACGAACCCGGCGUCCCGAGUUCGAUUCCUGUUCACGGCCAACACCACUGACAAUUAUUUGAUCCGGUCCUGGGUAUCCCCUAGAUCAGGGGUGGGGAACGUCCGGCCCGCGGGCCGUGUGAGGCCCGCGAAAUCAUUUGAUGUGGCCCUGCCAAGGCAACCGCAGGCGCGACUCGAAAUUCAAUAAAUCUAGGAGCAAACCUGGAAAAGCAGUUGCGAGUAGCAACAUCAUCAAUAGCAGCUAACAUCACACGCCUCGCCAAUGAGAAGCAGUUCCGACCAUCACAGGGGUGAGUUCAUUAAAUGUUUGACCAAUUAUAACAGGCAAAUUUUUAAGUUGAUACUUUUUGUUUGAUCCGCGAAUGAUGUUAUAAAUAUCCCAAUGGCCCUUGGCAGAAACAAGGUUCCCCACCCCUGCACCUAGAUCAACUCUGCCUCAAAUCAAUACCUGGUGCGGUGUGUAAACAUUACCACUAGGGAGACAAAGGCGGCCUAGCGUGAUACUGGCAAUCUCUCAUGUGCCGUGCCGGCCUUAAUAGGUGCUCGCUAACAGCACCUGCCCCAACAGUCUCUUAAGGCUAUAUGGGGGACUUUGUCUUUUUGGACUCUAAUUACAUUGGGCACUGCAGUCACAGCACUUACGGACUCCUAAGAAAUCUUUUUUUAUAUCAAUGCAGUCCAAAUGAAUGGCAGAACGGUGAGUGGGAAUGCAUUCGAUGCAGAUUCAGUACGCGUUGCAAAAACCCGUUUUUUCUGUGCUUGGUCUUCCUUACACAGAAGUUACCACCCCGUUCCGAGGGCGACCUGUGGUUGGAACGAUACUCUUAGAGGGAACCUGGGACCCCUGGAAGCGCUUUUUCCUAUUCAUUGCAGCGUCAGCUGGAGCUCCUGCUCGAGUGAUGUUACAGUUCGUGGCACCAUGUGCGCACAUUGCUGCACAGCGUUCGAAAUGUCUCGAGAUUUACGCUUUCGGCCUCAAGUCGGCCGCAGCUUAAAUGCUCUUCAUUUGCCUUCCUUGUAGCUCUGAGUCUUUAAACAGUUUGCACGUAGCUCUGUAGAGAUGCUGUGUGCGAGAUCGGCGUUUCUCCGGACCUCAAAAUACUUAGCAUCAUAUCCCCCUCCUGGGAAUGUUGGCAGGACCCCCCCCCCCCCCCCCCAGCAACAGCAUCGUGAAAAAAAGUGUCCUGUGACUCAACGGGGACUUUCCUGGAUAAAUAGAUAUUCAGCAAGUGUGUGAACCCCUUCUGAGUUAGUUCUGACCACCAAUAUAUUUGCCCCCUCUGGCACUCGACGUGGCUCUCAUCCGUGAUUCUCGCUGCCUUCGUUUCAGCGCGACUCGGCGCACAGAUGUCCCCCCCUCCCCCGUCCCCAUUAAGAUCGCUUCUGUGUUUAAAUGCGGCGGCGUGUGCUGUGCGCCACGCAUUGCGGACGCAGUCGGAUGAUGAAGCAGGGGGAAACAAACACGGCGACAUUGUAAUUUAAUUUAAUCGUAUCUUGGGCUUUUGUAGUUUUCAGAGGUUACGGGUUGUUCCAGGAGAAAUAAUGCUUAAAAUAUUGUUUAGUUUGAUUUAACACGUUUUUAUGGUCUUUUUUGUAUAUACUAUAUAGCAGUGGUAGUAUUCCAGUGAAUGAUUACAUUGUGAUGUUUUUAACAAGAGUAUAUUGAUUGAUGAACACCAUUGGCUCGCAACCUGGGUGCCAAGAUCCACGAUUCGGGGCCCUGGAUAUCCGCGUUGGGCAUCUUCAGGGUGGGCCCCUCAAACGUUUAUUUUUCAUUCGAAAUAUUUAAUUUUAUUUGCAGGUAAAGUGGUGUUGGGAGCCAGUGGAUUCUGAAACAUGAUUUUAACAUGUACAUUCUUUUUUUAUAUUUGUGUUAUGUCCUGUACAUAUAGAGAGAAUUCUUUUUUUAAGGUUCAAUGAUAGCCUGUGAAGAGAUUUUUGUGCAUGUGCAUAUGUACGUAAACCUGUAUGUGCGUCCCCUUAAAGUCUUAAGCGCUGACUUCUAUCUAGUUACAAUACUUCAUUUCCAUUUAUCUGGGUCGACACUUUCUUCCUAAGGCGAUGCAGUUGGUCACGAAAGCCUCCCUGUUAAAGGGCACACUUCGACGGUGAUUAGAAACCCCCACGGUGAGCUUUCGGACUGGCGGCACAGAAGUCGCUGUACAUCCGAACUUAUACAUAAAACAGAAAUAAUUGGCGGUGCUUGUUGUGUAGGAGAUGCCGAUGCCCUGCAAAAUCGCGUUGGAAGCCAGUGUCCAUCGCCGACCCUACUUGUUCAUCACCGAGUGCUUAUAAGUCCUCACCGAUUGCGGAUUGGUUCCAGCGGUAUUUUGAUCAAUGUCCUCAAUUCGGCGAGCGUUGUCCAUACCAGCAGUGCACGCGAAUGAACAGUGCGUUCAGCCGACGAAGACUUGGUGUUCGAGGUGGCCAAUAUAAUGGUGGAAAUUCCAAACGGCAGUGUCCCAUUUAACAAACAGCAAAAAAACGUGUGACAGAAUAUCGUCCUUUAUUGGUUAAAUGCUUAUUCUGUUGACAAAAAAAUAGGCUUAGGCGCUGCUGUUAUUACGGCGUCGGUUUUUUGUGCAAGGGCUCCCUAACAAGUUUGCAGUAUUGAGUUCACGACUUUCCGCGUAUCUACUGCCCCUCACUAACUCAUUACGGGGUCGGACUGGGUAAGCGCCUCCCACUGAAAUUAAGCCACAAGCCCCCCCUGCUCGAGUAGGAAAUAAUAAAUGAUUGGUUUCACGUGGUAAUGUGAGUUGCUCAUAUGGCGGUUACCGACACGCUGCGACUCGGAGCGUGUCGUUGACCACCUAUGAAAACUAGAUUUAGCCCGAGUACUAAAAUCUAGUUUUAUCUUAACCCGGUCUAAAAUGAUGAAUUUAUAGCCACCGAUUAACUAAGCUGUGACGUGAUGAGAUUAAUCAUCUCUUAUGCAGAGGCUCUCUGCAUGACUUAACUGUUGUUGUAAAGGAAUCGAGUAGUUAAAAAUGCUCCGAUUUUUUUUGGAGGUAAUUUUCACGUGAUAUUGGCAAUGACGCAGAUACGGGGCAUCUACUCUUGCGAAUUGUGUCACAGGGUGUUUAAUGUCCACUUUACGUUGCACAGUGCGAUUUUGUAUUUAGCAUGAGCAGUUAGACAAAUUAAAAACCAGUUCAGUGCAACCAUUUUGACCAAACCAUUAUAUUUACAAUGAGAAAAUAAAGAAUAUAGUACACAUUGAAGCAUUGGGAAACAUUUUUUUAAUAAUAAAAAAAGAUUUAUUCAAAACUGAGUUCAUUAAAAGUGUUUUUACGAGUAGCUUUCUGUUGCACUGAAACCAAUUCUUUCAUGUAAAAAGGGCUAAUGAAUAUGGUUAACCCAGUGCCACAUACGUCACGAAAGUUAACCUCACGUGAAUACACAUAGGCCAUGACGAUGCAAAUAACAAAACUAUUUUUGUACCGUCGGCAAGACAGACUUUCGCUUACUGUAACAGUAGCUCGUACGGUUCGGGUUUGUGCUCGUGUGCGUGCGCGCCCGAGUGCCGUAGGUAUGCGUGGCGCGUGCGCCUACGAUCUUGACCCCUCGAACACGGACCCAUGACCCUCGUGCUCGCACCUCCCCUGGGAUGAACGGGUACAGAGAAGAGUGGCUGUGGAUGUUGAAGGAGUGCACCAUUUACUUAAAUACCUCAUCUGUCUAGAAACCAAAUGUCGAGCUUGUCCUAGUUGCACAGUUGGGAGUUGCAUUGUUUAGUGGCUUUGUGCGUUCACGCGCAGCACUGCUUCAAAUCGUGAUCGAUGACGAGCUCAGUUUGCUGAUUAGGAUGUGUGAUGGGCGAACCUAGAGACGGGAUCGCGAUGAUGAACGUGCAUGGGGUUCAGGUUUAAGUUGCUGCACGGCACUUGGAUGUGCGUUGUGCUUCCUCGCAUCGGACCGUUCCAUUUCGCGUCGGGGUGACGUUCCUGCCACCGGGUGUCCAGUUCCGAUGUGCAGGAUCUGCCCUGCUGCUUUGACGAUUGUUCCACCCCCCCCACACCCCCCGUCACAUAAUUACCUCUGUGGGUGCCUCUUGAAUGUGAUGCAUAGGUGAGGUGCACGCCUGCAUUGUACGAAUAAUAAACGUAGCAGUUGUGACACUCCAGUCCGCUCGACCCCUCCCCGCGGUGCAUCUUCAGUUCAGCUUUCCCCAUGUCUUGUCAUGUUCACCAACUGAAUUGGAAAUUGGAUAAUCAGUGGCACGCGUUGUCCAUUGGUUGGUGAAGAAGCUGGACUGGCAGGUGGGCUGUGUGAGUUACGCGAGGGUUGUCGUUCCAUAACCAUUGGUUUCGUAUGAAAUGUCAUUCGUUUUUAUCUCUUUGUUGCAUUCUGUGGGUUAAUUGUUUAGUGUCUGAAUCGGCUGAAAUAAAUAAUCCACGGUUCACGUCCAUUUCCCAGGUGGAUUGAAUACAUUUAGCAGGACAAUUGUUGAGCACACGCGCUGCAUCAACGCUUAUGGUUUACAUUCUGUCCGAAACACACCUGCCAUUUUCAUAUCUAACUAAUUUACAUUGCAUCUGGAGGAGUAGUAAUGGACGGGGGUGGGGGGGGGGGAGUCUUAAGGACUGGGACAUGAGACAACGCCUGAGGCAACGUCUGGUGUCUGCCAUUAAAAUGCUUGUGUUUUCACUGUGGGUCAGUGUCAGCUCCUCCGGCCGUGCCCAGCGUAGGUCUGGAGAGCUGCCCAUCACUGCUACGUUUCACGAGGCCUCGUUCACCCCAACACCCGCUUGCUUGCGUAGCCCGAGGACUCGAGGCUCGACCUGCGAAUGCAGCGACGGGCGGUGUCCGCUGCUGCUGCCGGCAAGGUGCCACCUUAAGUCCUACUGCAGCUGGCGGGUUCGAGCCUCUUGUCCGGGGUGAUGCGACGACCCGCGUCUGUACGCAAAGCGUUGUUUGUAUGCGUGCUUUCCGCAAACAAGUGGCGUUACGCGUUCACCGUCCGCGUGAGCUGCGUGAGUUCCUACGACGCCCGGUGGUUGUAGCGUCUCGAGCAGAAUGUGAUGUUCAUCUCAAGUGCUACGUGCAACUCCGAUUGUGAACUGUAACGAGACGAGCGAAAUGUGUGUUUUUGUUUGAUUCGUUUUGAAACCAAAGAGAAGCAUUCUUUGCCCGGAAGGGAUCCCCAGCUCGGGGGGGGUGUCCGCCUGGGUGCCUGAAUAAUAGUUGUGGUUUUUUUUCACUGAAAAUUUUAACUAAAACCAAAACUGAGUGCUGUACUGUGCUGUACGUGUGAAUGUGUGCACAUACGAUUUGUACAAACUGACCCUGUGUCGCCUUGCUUUAUCGUACAGUGCCAUUAAAACGCUUAAGCGGAUCGAUCCGCUUGCUCGCUCGCUCGAGGAGCCGGCCCCGUACGUCGAUGCUCAUGGUAACUCCUGCAUUGGUGGGAUUGGCCCCCCCCCCCCAUCCCUGGUUUUUGUACUCUUAUAACGUGUGGUGUGCUGAAGCAGCCGACGAAUACUGAACACUUAAAUCAAUGACUACUUCACGUAAUUGUCCCGCCUGGCGAGCGCUGCAUUGCUUUCCAGGGGGUGAACGGAGGGCCCUCGAUGUGCCAUGAUUAACUUUUAAAGCCUUGCCCUUCACCGAGGCAUGGCUUUGAAUAUAGCAGUGUAAAGGAACGUUCACAGAGAAAAUAGAAUACAGUUUAUAAUUAUAUUACACAUGCUCAAUCGCUGGCGCAGUGCCAGUGGUUUGGGAAUUUCUCUAAUGUAGAAUGUCCAUUGAAUUCUAAGUUAUGUAGUUUUUUGGGGUUUGCUUAAAAAGUAUCGAGGAUCAUUCCUCUAAACUUACUCAUACAUGCCUGGUCCGUGGUCCAGUGUUAUUGUACGAUCAGUUUUCUGCACAUUCACCCGCAGAUUGGUUAUUAGGGUCCACCGAGCGCACCUUUUGACUGACGAACACAAAAGUUGGACCACGGAGGGGGGAGGGGAGCAUGCAUGGCAUACGACAUGAAGUUUAAGGAGAUCUUGUCUAGUGUGAAGUUACAUCUGACCCUGCACAUGCACAUGGGGUCAAGCGAUCGCACGAGGCAAAGCUGGCCCUGUUCAUCUGGCCCAUCGUGCAGCAGCUCCCUUCACCCUUUGGCUAUCACUGUUAUGUUCUAAUACAACCUUAAUAUAUUGGGUUUUCUUAAAUCAUGUAUGUUUGAGAUUUUGGUACUCCUGUAUUUUAAGUAUUAAAGGUAUCUAGUAAGAGUG